CUUGUUUUUUGUAAUAUGUGCAAGUGAAAGGUGGUGAACAGGGCUCCCUCGUGGUAAUAAAUUCAAUAAAGCUUUAAGUGCAGCAGGAGCUUUGAAAUCUGACUGGUUUCUAUGGCUUGAAGUGUUCAGAUCAAAGUUUUGCAGGAUCUUGCUUGGUGGAAGGCGCUGCUUCAAUCCAAGGGAUGACUCUAGAAAUCACCACAGGUGUAAACUGGGAAAGUGAUGUAGUGUGCUACAAGGAGGCCAUAAAUGAUUCACAAAAGAAGUGUUCCUGGGAAAAAACAGAUGAAUCAGCUCAUACUUGGUGCUUCCUAACCUUCCUCAGUUGUACAAAACAAUACACAGUGGACUGGGCUAGGGUGUUGGUCUGGUUUGAAAGAAAACCAAAAUGGUGAAAGGGCUGUUUUGAACAUAGGUUAGUUCCUGAUCAGAUUCGUCUUGUUCUGAGAGUGCAUGUGAGCUAUUUAAAUUGGCACCACCACUGACAAAUUCUUGUGGAACAAUGCUUUGAAAUGGGCUUUUCCUUUUGGUUUUGUGGUUGUGCUGCUGCAGGUUAUAGCUGGUUACGAGUUUGCUCAGCAAUUCAGUUAGCAAGGAGGUGAGAUUGCUGCAAGCUUGGUGCCAGAGCUGGCUGCAGGUGUUCAGCAGUCCCUGGAUCAGUAAGGAAUCUGGUCCUCCAAGGGCUUUGGAUUUGCUUGAAGUGCUGAAUCCAAGUAUCAGCAGUAGAGGUCAACACCCCGGAGGAGAUGUUUGUGGAGAACGGGACGGACGCAAAGCUCCCGUGCACGUUCACAUCCGUAGAAGUGAUCAGCAGUGCAGCAUCUGUCUCCUGGAGCUUUCAACCAGAGGGAGCAGCCACUCGAAUCUCAUUUUUCUAUUACUCUAAUGGGAAGUCAUACCCUGGAAAGGACAUACCAUUUAAAGACAGGAUCACUUGGGCUGGAGAUCUUAACAAGAAAGAUGCUUCUAUCACUAUAUCAAACAUGCAGUUCCGGGACAACGGCACGUACAUUUGUGAUGUCAAGAACCCACCUGACAUUGUUGUCAAACCAGGAGAAAUCCGAGUUAGAGUUGUGGAGAAAGACAGCCUGCCUGCGUUCCCCAUUGCCACCGUGGCAGGGAUAGCCAUCGGUACGGUUACAGGUCUCUCAUCGCUCAUCUCUAUUGUCGUGUGUCUUGUCAUCAGAAAGAACAACUCUAAAAAACGAUACUCUGGCUGCAGUACCUCUGAGAGCUUGAUGUCUCCGGUUAAGCAGGCUCCGCAGAAGGCGCCCUCCGACACAGAGGGCCUGGUAAACAGCGUGCCCGCCAGAUCACACCAGGGCCCAGUCAUUUACGCGCAGUUAGAUCACUCCGGGGGACAGCACAGCGACAAGAUCAACAAGUCAGAGUCUGUGGUCUACGCCGACAUUCGGAAGAACUGAGAUCCUCAGCUAUCCAAAGGACAACUCAUGUUCAGACUGGAAUUGCUUGAGCAAGAUUUGACCCAGAGAACUCACAUGUGGCCUUUGAUGCCUAGGCUAGGACCAAUGCAUGUGCAUACAGAGGGAGAGAUAUAUAUGUAUUGUGUGUAAAUAGUCUAUUUAAUCGUACAGAAGUGAGACCAAUGUUGCAUGUUGAAAUGCGGUAAGAAUUUUGCUUAUAAAUUGCCAAUAUUCUUUUUUUUUUCUUUUUUUUUUUUUGUAUCUUGUGUGACGAGAGAGAAAGUGAAAACUCGCAUCACAGUUUAAAAAUAUUUUUAUCUUGAUUAUUAAUGGAGAAACUGGAAGAUUCCUGAAGAUUCUAGAUCGACCUGGAGAUUCUUUUUUCUUUGCUUACAGGGCCUAAUUUCUUUUGUUGAGGUGACUAUAAAGAAGACAUCUUCUUUA